AUGACAACCAAGGAGGAGAUUAAAGCAGUCCUCGAUUCCCUACGCGAUGCAAAGGUGACGCCGUUCACACACGAUAAACCGUACGCCGCCAUACUCCCAACGAGGCCAGAGCUGAGCCAAGCAGGCCGGACCAUUCUCAUCACAGGUGGCGGAACAGGCGUCGGGUUGAAUAUUGGGCAUGCAUUCGUCAAAGCAUCGCCCGAUACCAUCAUCAUCCUAGGUCGCCGUGCAGAUGUUCUGCAAAGCGCUGUCUCGGCAUUGGAAAAGGAGGCGAAAUCGGUCGGGGUCAGCACUCGGAUCAUUGCUCGUCCAUGUGACCUUACGAAUGUGACCGAAGUAAAGGCUUUCUGGAAGAGCUUGGCAAAUGAAGGUAUCACGGUGGAUGUUCUUGUGCACAGCGCCGCCAAGUUCACUGAGCCCAAGCCAAUGCUGGAACUGGGUGCGGAUGAGGUGUGGUCCCAGAUCGAAGCCAACACGAAGGCGCCUCUAUACUUCACCGAGCAGUUCUGUGCUCAGUCAAUGGAUAGACGGAAGUUCAUUGUGAAUCUUACAUCGGCCGUCAUCCACAGCCAUCGCCAUCCAGCGGUUGCGAUUCGUCCAGCUUACAUCCUUUCGAAGACGACGGCAACACUGUUCUUCCAAUUGCUCGCACAAGCUGUUUCACCGGAACACACACAGAUUGUUACCAUGGAACCAGGCCUGGUUUACAACGAGUACUGGGAGUCUCUAGGUUUGCCAACGGAAUACUUCAGCAAUCCCGAGCUCAGCGCCGAUUUCGCAGUUUGGGCGGCGUCAGAAGAGGCUGCUUUUCUGCAUGGUCGCAUGGCAUGGGCUUCAUGGGAUGUGGACGAGCUUCGGGCCGGCGAGCUUCGCAAGCGGAUCGACGCGGAUCCAUACUUUCUGCAGGUGUCCGUCAGUGGUAUCGAAUUCCGUGUCUAG